AUGGCUGGGCGUAACUGGUGUCGGGCUUUUCUCAAGCGUCAUGCAAAAGAGUCAUCAAUACGCAAGCCACAAUCAACAUCUAAAUAUCGAGCUAUUGGUUUUAAUAAAAUUGCAACUCAAAAUUUUUAUGAUCUGUUAGAAUCAGUAAUUAUUAAAUAUAAACUUACACCUGACCGAAUUUAUAAUGCUGAUGAAACCGGAGUUACAACUGUUCCUAAGCAUCAGUCAAAGAUUAUAGCACCUAAAGGAAAGAAGCAAGUUGGUGUUUUAAUUUCGGCAGAUCGAGGACAGUUGGUUACGAUAGAGAUUUGCGUAUCGGCUGCUGGAACUUAUUUGCCUCUUAUGUUUGUACUUCCUCGAAAGAAGUUACCCGCUCGAUUAUCUGAAAUACUUAUUGAUAAUUGCUGGGCCCAAUGCCAUUCUAGCGGUUGGAUAACGAGUGAGCUAUUUUUCAAAUGGUUUGUUUCGUUCGUUGAAAUUGUCCAACCAACAGAAGAAAGACCUGUUUUAUUAGUUUUAGAUGGACACACGACCCAUACACAAAAUUUGGAUGUUAUAAAUUAUGCCAGAAAACAUCACAUAAUUAUAAUAUGCUUGCCUCCUCACUGCACGCAUCGACUCCAACCUCUAGAUGUGAGUGUCAUGCGUCCAGCUUCGAUAGCAUAUUCUGAUGCAGUUAAACAACGGUUGAGAGAGCACCCCGGUCGUGUCGUGACAGCCAAUGAUAUACCUCGAAUUUAUGGUGAAGCUUUAAAAUCUGCUGCGAAACCUGAAACCAUCAAAAAUGGCUUCAAAAAAACCGGAAUCUGGCCUUUCAACAGAUCAGUUUAUUCUGACGAAGCUUUUGUCGCUGCUGGUACUUCAACCCCGGAGAUUCCAUCGAGUAAUGCUUCUACUGCUACUAGUACUACUGCAACUAAUACUGAUGAUGAUGACGAUGAUGAUGAUGAUGGUGAUAAAGCCAAUGUUAGUAGCAGCAGUGAUGAAGAAAUGCAGGAGGUUACCAAUAAAAUGACCAAUGAUCAUAAUAACGAAGCUGCUGAUGCUGAUGACGAUGAUGCUUAUGAUUGUGAUAAUAAUGACGAUGAUGAUGGACCCGAAUUGCAGUGUCUUAGUCAGAGAAUAAGUUCAAUUUCGAUGAUGGCGGAUCAAAUAGUAACCGAUGAUUUUCAAACUCAGUCACGCGGUGAAGAUAUUGAAGAAGAAAAAGAAAACGAAGAAAUUGUUGCUCAUUCUUCAAGGAUGACUGCUAACGAAUACAAGUGCCAAUUUCUUCGUGAAGCUUAUGGAGACUAG